UAGGACUUAGAGAAAGGAUAAUCGAAUACCUAAUCGAAAGCGUUUCGUUUCAUCUCGCUCGUUGUUUCCGUUCGAAUUCGAAUGUUUCCGAUUCCGAACCUUGUUCCGAAAUCCGAACAUAUUUUCUCUUGUCAAAAACGUAAAAUCGUAAAAUAUAUCAGUCAGUUAACCACGGAAGAGGUUUUAAUGGUUUCAUGUACCUACAUUACUGUUUGUGGUGUAAAAAGAACGUUGCUUGCAUAGUCUAACAUAACUAUUAUUUGUGUUUUAACAAUUAACCUUUGUGCUUUGAAUGAGAAACUGUGAACUGCAAUGAUUGUUCCAAGUCCAUUUGUAUACUGGGCGCAGACUGAGAGUGCCGUAAGCCUGAAGAUAGACUUGAAGAAUGUUGUGGGACCGGCUGUGAAAGUUCUGGAAAAUAGUGUGAAGUUCGCUGCCCAGGGUAUUGGCGCCCAUGGACAGAGCCCGUACGAGUUCCACCUAGAUUUAUAUUCCAGUGUGAAAACAAAUGAUGAAGAUGGGGGACCAACCACAGUAAAGGUGUUUGAGAACCGAGUGGAGAUUGUACUGCAGAAAGAGAAGCCCAGCUGGUGGCCCCGGCUCACUGCCCAGCCACAGAAACCCGCCUGGUUGAAGAUAAACUUCGACCUGUGGAAGUCAGAGGACGGACAGGAAAGCGACGAGGAGAAGCGUGACGUUAUGAGAGACUACCCAGGAAUGUACGAUAGGCUGCAUAAAGAAGAAAUGGGCUAUAGAAAAGAAGAUCUGAAGAAGGUGUACCUGAUAAUCUUCAACCUGUUCCAAUUCGUGGGGUACUUCUACAUCCUGGCUGUGAUGGGCGUGCGCUAUACCAAGUUGGAGUAUGACUCUGUGAUUGAUACUUAUGAACAUGUCGGGUCUGCCAUGAAGUUCUUACAGUUGAUGCAAUAUAUGGAAGUUAUGCAUCCGCUCUUCGGGUAUACUAGGGGCGGAGCCUUCAUCCCGUUCCUGCAGGUGAGCGGGCGCGCGUUCGUGCUGUUCGUGAUGAUCGAGGCGGAGCCCCGCAUGCAGACCAAGCCCGUCGUGUUCUAUCUGUUCCUCGUAUGGAGUAUGAUAGAGGUCGUCAGGUAUCCCUUCUAUAUAUCGCAGCUGUAUAAGAAGGAAAUCUACAUUCUGACGUGGCUCCGUUACACGUUGUGGAUCCCACUGUACCCAAUAGGCGUCCUUUGCGAAUCCAUCAUCAUACUACGAAACAUUCCUUACUUCGAAGAGACACAGCGCUUCACCAUCUCCAUGCCUAACGAAUGGAACUUCGCGUUCCAUUUACCCUCCAUCCUUAGAGUGUACUUACUCUUCCUAAUAAUCCCUGGGAUGUACUUCGUAAUGGGACACAUGCAUAAACUUAGAGCGGUGAAGCUCAAGCCAAAGGUAGUCAUAAAGAAGUCUAAGUAGGAUAACUAGUGUGGGGAUCGCUUUAUAAGUUUCACUUCUUGCAUAUUUCUUUGUUAUCGUCGCUCAGAGUUAGGGUCACCAGCCCGAAUUUGUCCGGACCUUUGGGCUUUUCGUCCAGACUUUGACGUUCUUAAUUUGUUCGCAACUUUGCCUGUGUAUAAAAUUGAGAGAUAAUAUCCUAGCACCCGCUAACCUUGUAAGAACUUGUGGUGUUUUAUGUGGUAAAUUAAUAAAUGUCCGGACUUUUGCGAAAUUUCCGGAUAUUUGUAGUUUUCAAUAUCACAAUCGUCAGUUUCCCCUCAGACGCCCUGAGCCGAGGUUCGAGCCCAACUGGGCACCCUGGGCCUGUUGGCUUAAAUUUUAUACCGGAUGAGAGCCCUCAGCGCUCCCCAUUUGUCCGGCCAAGUAGUUAAUGCAUUUCAAUAUAACAUGGCGUUAUUCUGUUCAAAGGCGUCGGUGUUUCCUGUAUCUUAUAACCUGGGGUCCUUUAAAUCACGGGUGAACAGGCAUUUUCUGGGGAAGCUCGUUCCAACGUAGAUCUCUUCUUCUCCUCGUGGAAGAAUGAAGUCAAGAGCAAACCCAUCUUAAUAAAAAAAAGGUAAAGAGAUCUAAAGUGCCAAAAGGGAAACUUAUAAAGAAAUGCCUGUGUAGAAGUGAUGGUUGUAUUAGAAAGUAAGAUGUACGAAGUGGGGAAGAUACAGCAUAAAGGCACCAUAUCCAUUUAAGUUGCUUCUCAAAUAGACCUAUUGGUGGUAUAAAAUUAGCUUAGUUUUUCUUGAAUGUCAAAUUGGGGAUAAUUCAGACCAUAUUUCUGACUGGAUAUAAAAUUAAAUUUGCUGUCGGAAAAUUCACGAAAAUUUUAGUGUCUUUUUAAUUAUAUUCAAUUCCAUACUUUUGCGACGGAAAAUUGCAUUUGACAUCAACUCAGAAUCAUGGUCUCAAUUGUCCCUCAAUUUUCAUUACUAUGUCACUAGCACCCUGUAUACAUAAACUCACUAACCUCCGAAGAAUAAUCUCAGUAACGGCUAUUUUUGAAUUCAAUUUAAUGAAAUUACAUCUACCAGACGAUUUACAAAACAAGUUCAUUAACUUAAAACUUUUUUAAGUUGUUGUCAGUUGUUAUUUGAUAAGAAUAAAAUAGCUGACGUAAGUAAACAUCAUCAGCCGUACGACGCCCAAGUAAACAUAAAUUGUUACAAAAGAGAUUGGUCAGAUUUGAAGCAUACAAGUAUAUGGGGUCAAGCUAGAUAAAACUUAAAAUAAAAUUAGGUGUCUACUGGAACUGGAAUAAUUAUUUGGGUUUUUAGCUAAUCAUUGACAGAUUUUUGGUUAGGGUAUUUUUUCGCCUUCAAUAAUGUGUUCAGGUUGUAUUUAUUUGAUGGGCUUUUAAAUUACGCCUUAAUGUAGGUAGACUGAAUUUUAUUUUACUUACCAAAAAAUAUAAAGACUUGGAAGAAUGGUCUUAUUUAUUUAUGACUUUUUCGUUUUGUAGAAGCAUCUAAAUAAAAUCAAUAUUCCAUUAUAAAUUAGGUAUUAUAUUAUUGAAAUUAUGGUAUUUGGUAUAAGACUGUGGUUAUACAAUCACCAAUGUCGAAUUUAGACGUGUUUUUAAAGUCUGUUUCCUAUUGCGAUUUUUGUCCCAAAAAUAAUGAGCUUAUUAUGAAUUCUUUGCAUUAAUAUUGAUAUUUUCAAACAAAAAUGUAUAUUAUGUUAAGGCUAUAUGAACUUGGGGAUAUAAAUUCAAAUGUAGUUAUUUAUAAAUUAUGUCAAUUUUGAAGAUUUGAUUGUAUUAGAUUAUGUUCUGGGGGGUUAAAAAGCCACAUCAAAGCAAUUCAUCUUAAAAAAAGGAAUAUUACUAUUUGACAUUUCUUGACUAUGCGCACUUAUUUUUAUAUGCGCGAAUGUCAAAUUGCAAUACUGCUUUUUAGAUGAAUUGUUUCCAUGUGGCCAUUUUAACCCCCGUUUUAUGUAUUCCACUCUAAGUCAAUUGAAAAAGUUAUGUUUAAACUUUUGUAAUUCAUUAAAAAUAAAUGUUUUGUUUGUACAAUAA